AUGAGUGUUGAAAUCAAAGAUCCACUGAUCUUAACUAAGCAAAACAUUAAAGAUAUAUCCACUGUUAAAAUAGGUCAAGUCGAAUCACUUAUUAUUGAUCACAAUCUUUUAGAAUCCAUUUCUAAUAUUCCAAAAAACGAAAAACUUAAGUUUUUCAGCGCAUCAUGGAACAAAAUCGAAGUGAUUAACGAAGAUGACCUCAACUCCAUUCUAAAUAUUAAAGAAUUGGAUUUAUCAAACAAUUUAAUUUCUAAAAUCGAGAAUAUCAACCAAUUAAAAUCAUUAGAAACCUUAAAUGUUUCUUCAAAUAGAAUAGAAGUACUCGAAAAUGUUGAACAGCUUAAUAAAUUAUCAAAAAUCAUUGCUCCUGAGAACAGAAUACAUACAGUCUUUAUUAAGAAUCCAUUACCUGCUUUAGAAUACCUUGACUUAUCAUUCAACCCAAUUAGCGAGUUCAAUUACCAUCAAAUUUUUCCAAAUUUGAAAACGUUAAUUUUGAACAAUUGCUAUUUAACAAACUUUUUAUCUCUUUCAAGUUUCAAGAGUCUCACCAAGCUUUCAUUAUCUCACAACAAAAUUACAGAUGAAGCUGAUUUAGAACUUCCAAAUUUAAUUUCAUUAAAUAUCUCGAACAACAACAUUAUUGACUUCCAAUCACUUAGUAAACUACAAAACCUCGAAUUCCUCAAUGCCUCAUACAAUCCAAUUGAUAAUGAUUCCUUUACUUCCAAAGGAAAAUUUGAAAAAAUUUCAAUAUUAAUUCUUAGUGGAACAAAAGUCACAAAAUUAGACUUAAUUCUCAGCAAAUUCCCAAAUGUUGAGAACUUAGAUAUCAAAGAGACAUCAGGCUACUCAGAAGAUGACUUUAUCUCUUUCAUUUCCAAGAUAAAAACUCUUUCUUCCAUUGAUGUUCGUGGAGUUUUUUAUGAAAUACCAACAGAUACAAGAUUUUCAUCUUUUGCAGAGUUCCAAGCUAAUUUCCAUGGUGAUCUUUCAAAGUAUAUAGAGUUUAGAAAGAGAGUCUUGGAAGUUGUUAAGAACAGACCAUUUUUAUUCGAUGGAAUUGAAGUUCAAAACGAAACAGAAGAUUAUACAGUAAUUCAAACACCAAAAUCCAACAAACAUCAUGGAAUUCCUCAAACAGAAGUAAAGAAACCAAAGAAGGAACAACCAUUACAUUCAUUCGAUGACGUUUACGCUGGCAAAAACGCAAAACAAAUCUUAAUUAAGUUAUUGGAAGAAAAUAAGAAACUUGCUGAGAAAUUGGGUUUGGAACCAAGAAAUAUUGAUGUUGAGAAGCUUUCUGACGAAGAAAUCAUUAAAUUGAUCCGUGAAAUAAGUGAAGAAAAUGAUAACAUGCGUAGAUCAAUUGGAAACAAUGAGCAAUUCAAUGAUAAAUGUGAAAUUGUUCGAAAAUUACUUCGUCAUAAUGAAAAGAUGCAAGCAUAUCUUGAAAAUAGAGAAAGGAAAAAUAUUGAAAUGCCAAACUUGAAUCAAAGCAACAUUGAUCCAUUCAUUUGCGAUCUUAUUGAUAGAAAUAGAAUAUUACGUGCUCAAUAUGAGAAAAUGAUUCAUAUUAAUGAUGUUACAUUAAUUGAGAAAUGUGAAAUCAAAAUUUUGGAGCGUGCAAGAAAAGCAAUGCUUCCUGAAGAACCAACAAUCAUCAUCAAAGGUUCAAGACAUUAUAAUACUGUUCAUCAAUGGUUAAACUUGAAAAUCACAAGAGAUUUUAACCUUAAGAAACUUGUUAAACUUGCAACAUUUAGAGAUUUUAUUAUUGCAAGUGAAAAAUACAAGUGGAUGCAAUUAGUUGUUUCGUUCCCUUCAAAUGAAAAUUAUUUAUUAGUGACAGAUAACUUUUUGUUCUUGAAUCCAGGAAAAUAUUCUUUCAUACUCUAUGCUCUGGAUUCAGGCAAACAAAUUGUUGAUUAUACUCAUUAUAAUUCUACUAAUAAAUUAAAGAUUCCAACAAAACAAAGCUAUGACACACUUCUUACAACAGUUGACGAUCAACAAGUUAUAUACGUUCAGAACAUGGAUAGAAUUGUUCCAUUAUACUCAUUUUCUAUCAAAGUUUAUUAA